ACGUCCAAUUGACGAAAACUCUGUCGCUAAAAGCCACAAUGUAUCCCACUCGCAUUUUGAGGAUGCAGCCCGCUCGCCCUCUGAUGAGAUCUGUGCCUAAAGAGGAUCAAGCAGCACACACCAUUUCUCAGCGUAUUCGUACCUUGAAGAAGAUUCCCCCGGAGUUGAUCCCUCUCGGUAUCGUCCUUGUCGUUGCUGUUGGCGCCGCAGGCUACUCCAUGGCCAGAAAGAUUACCACUGACAAGCAGCUCCGUCUUACUCGGUCGAGCAAGGAAUAAGUGUCAGAUUCAUUUGUACAUUACGGGUAUUCGAGUCUCAGAUAUGCGCACAAAUUGCAAAUGGUUGUGUUAUGCGCAAAAUAAUGUGUUGCAGCUCGGAUUAUUAAAUAUACAUAAUCAAAUGCACAAAUUUGCUCCGAGCGCCGAGUUCAUUCGCGUUCGCGCUCGAUAUUAUCUACCUU